AUGAACUAUUUUCAUAAAGAAAUUUCAGAUUUGACUCAUCAAAGAGCUAUGGACAAAACAUCGAAUAUUUACUCAUUGUAUCCAGAACUCGAUGAAGAUGGUCUCUUGCGACUAAGAGGCAGGAUACAAUUUGCUGACUGCUUAGAAUCCACUAAACAUCCAUGGAUACUACCGUCCAAGUGUCGUUAUGCAGAACUGGUGAUUCUCAAUGCCCAUGAACAGGUCUUGCACUCGGGAGUAGACUCAACACUAACUCAAGUGCGGGAAAAAUUUUGGAUCAUAAAAGGGAGACGAAGAAUCAAAUCUCUACUUGGUAGAUGUAUCAUUUGCAAGAGAUAUAGUGCUCGUCAUGGAGAACAAGAUGUGGCUCCAUUUCCUCCAGAUCGCAUUCUGGAAUCACCACCGUUUGCUAUAACGGGAUGUGACUAUGCAGGUCCCUUUUUUUCCAACGAAAACAAGAAUAAACAUUAUUUGCUUUUGUUCACCUGCGCCGUCACACGCGCUGUACAUUUAGAACUUGUACAUUCCCUGAACACAGAAUCAUUCCUGUUAGCCUUUCGGCGAUUUAUAUCUCGUCGAGGAUUAUGUUCAACAAUAUAUUCUGAUAAUGGAAAAUCAUUCAAACGAGCAGAUACUGAACUUCAAAAAUUAUGGAAAUGUAUUUCAGAUCCAUCUGUUAAAAACUUAUUUUCUGCUCACAACAUUCAGUGGAAAUUUAUUGUUGAGCGUGGAGCAUGGUGGGGAGGAUUCUGGGAGAGGAUGAUAAAAACUAUCAAAAUUACGCUCAGAAAAAUUGUUGGUCGAUCAUCGCUCUCUCUCGUCGAACUCGAAACAGUGUUUGUCGAGAUAGAAGCCAUGAUGAAUUCCAGACCCAUCACUUAUUUAUAUACUGACCCCUCAGAACCAUCUCCACUCACUCCAGCUCAUUUUUUAGUAGGUAAACGCUUGCUAUCCCUCCCUCCUACCAGAAUUUCUAAGGUCGAUCUAUUGGGAUCGAGAGAAUCAAUUGUGAAAAAAAUUUAA